AUGGUCAUGGACGAGAACCCAGUCGGUAAAAGACCACUGGGAAGACCCAGAUUGAGGUGGGAAGAUGUGAUGAAAAAAUAUGUGGAAGCACUGAGUGUUGAAGACUAUACUGGAAAGCACGAGCGGCGGAUAGGGAGGCUGGAGAUGGCCUUGAUGGGCGACAAAUCCAAGAAGAAGAAAAAGAAGGAGAAGAUAAUUCGUCAUUAUUAUUGUUUAAACAUUUUGUUCGACCCCUAG